AUGCACCACCCUGCCAGCAUGAUGUCGCUCUCCUCCAUGGGCCAAAGAUCUCCCCCUUCCCCAACCCACGCAGACUUUCUCCAAACCAACCCACCCAAAUCUGCACUGCCUUGCCGGGCGGGACCCCAACGCAACCCCCACCUUGGCGAGCUCGGGCAAAGGCGCCGAUCCGAGCGCGUCCCCUCGGAGAGCGCCCGGGGCUCGACCAGCCGGACGCGCGUCCGGAGCCAGCGGCGGGUGCAGCGCCCCCCGCGCCGGCCAGAAGGGCGCUGUGACCCCGCAACAAAGAGACGCCGAGUCGGGGAAGGGAAAGUGCCGCCGCCGCUCGCUAGCCAGCCAGCCAGCCAGCCAGCCAGCCGCGUGCGGCGCACUCGCCUGCUCGCCCAGCCCUGCUGGGGCAGCGGCGUCUUGUGCGGGCCGGCCAGGGACGAGCCGGAUGGCCCGGUGGAGUUGCACGCGGGGCUGAGCCGGGCUUUGGCAGAGCGCGUCGCCGUCCUUGCUGGCGUCUCUCUCAAAGGCUGCUCCCGUUGCGAGGCGCCCUGGGCUGCGCGCUCCCGUUGCCCGGGCUUCAAGGCGCCGGGCCAAAACCUCUUCCUAAGCUCGCCCGCACCCGGUGGGUCCCUGUCUUCGGAGGUGCGUCUUCCGUGUGACGCGACAGUGCCGUCUAACACUUACAAUAAGAUAUGGGCAGAAGCCCAGCUAUCCCUCAAUGGCUUGCUGCAGAGGGAGGUGGAAGAGAAGUCCCAAAAGCCCAUCAAAGACCGCCUCCUAGCGUUCCAGAUGCUGGGUACUUUCUACAUCAAGUACGUGCAAAUAUUUCGCAAUUUGGAGGCCGCUUAUGACCAGAUUGUUCACCCGCAAAAGCGUCUCAUUAUUCGGCGAGUGCUGGACGGAGUGAUGGGCCGUAUUUUGGAGCUGAAAAAUGAAAUGGUGGACUUGGAGUACUCAGAAUUUCAUUACAUUGAUGACAUCUUACAGGAUCUCAAGCUGGCCCCUGAUAGUAUUGACAUCCCCAUCCCCCGGUAUUUUAUUAAGGAGAAGCUGAAGGUGCUGAAAGAGAGAGAGAGAAUCCUUGCUCAGAUAUUGAUUGAAGCCGGAUUGUAUGAUGAUCAACCUAAAAAACGUGUGACGGCGAUGGUCUUCGAAGAAGCCGUUCGAUUAAUCCAGAUCGCUGAGCGUGCGAGACAGGGCCGGCUCAGGGCUACCUUCAUGAAGCAAAUCUACCUUGAAGAGAAAAGAGAGAGGCAAGCAAAACUUCAGGGCGGGAAAGGCCCAGACGUGGAUUCUUGUGCUGUCUGUAUUCAAAAGUUUUGGCGUGGACACGCCCAGUUGAAGAAGACUUUGAAACUUAGAGACGAAGAAAUGGUAUUUCUAGGGAUGAUCCCACCCGCUCACUUCCAAAGACCUAGUGCUUCUUUGAUUCGUGCCCAGAAGGUGGAUAAUCUAAGGUGUGAAAUCCAAGAGAAGCAUGAGUCAGAUUACCAGCAAGCUCUGGUAUCCAUCAAAGACCGUGUGAAAGAAAUUGAAGGCCCUGACAUCAAAGAGAGUCUGCAGGAUCAGAUCCGCCAGUGGUUCAUUGAGUGCCGACAUCUUACGGGAAAGUUUCCUGACUACCCUGACGAACAACAAGGAGGUUCAACGGCUAUUUUCUCUGAAAAAACUCCAGAGGAGGUUGCGGCUGAGCUAGCUGCUAAAGAAGCAGAAGAACAGAAGAAGAAAGGACGGAAAAAAGGGAAAAAAGAUAAAAAAGAGAAAGGAAAAAAGAAAACAAAAGGAAAAGAAAAGGACCUUGAAAAGAAAACAAAGAAGAAAGAUGAGGACGAAGACAACGGCUGGAAAAUGGCCCCCAGUAACUUUCUCCCAAUAAUGGAACAAGGAAACAGCAAGUAUAAAGAUGUUUGGCAGAACAGAGAUGAGGGAUGGAACUUCUCACAGGAGUAUGACCCAGAACUGAUCAAAGAGGAAAAGCGGAAAGAAGUAGAAGAGGAGAUCAGAGUGCAGGUAGAUGAACUGAUGCGUCAGGAGCUAAAGAAUCUCAAGUUGGCUGUGGACAGAGAGACAGAGAAAACAGCGAAAAAAGGCAAGAGAGGGAAAAAAAAGGGGAGAAGAAAAGGAAAAAAGGACAGAAGGAAGAAAAAAUCUAAGAAGGAAAAAGAUCUGACUCCUGACAGGACCAUUGAUUCUCUCUUCAAGGAACUGGUAGAAGAAGGGAUAUUAAUAAGAGCCAAGAAAGUGAAACUCAGCGAUUAUGUGGGUGAAUACAGCUAUCUGGGUACUACACUUCGACAGGUGAACAUAGAACCAAUGCCCUCUCUUGCAGAUGUCAGGCAGCUCAUUGCACUGUAUGGAAUAUUGCCCUUAGGUAAGAUCACGUUGGAAAUGACCAGGGGCGAUGGAUUCAGACAGACCAUCCAUGUCGACGGCUCCGGCAUCGAGGCCUUCCUCCGACAUCGGCCAAUCGACGUCGAAGCCUCCGGCAUUGAAGGCACGAUCUUCCACUUCCACUCCAGUGAAGAAGCCGAAGGCCA